UCGAACGCAACCUACGGCAGCCCGCGCGGCCAGAAUAACGGUCUGAGCGCAAGUGGACUGUACUGGUUGGAUCUGAAACUGCGUAUUUAUUGUGUUUUUAAGCGAUUAGCUUGACUUCUCUGCUCAGUCACGAGCCAACCCGAGCUGCGCUGCUGCAUCCGCGGGAAGCGACGUCUCUGCUGCAGGCACAGCGGCACCGACACGGUACCGUGUGCGGUGAUGUCCACGAAGACGCGGCGCUAAGGAGAAGAUGUCGCGCGGCGCGUGGACGUGGACGGUGGUGGUCCUGACCUGCCAGCACAAAGACAGUGUCUACGCGUUUCAGAGAGAGCUGCAGCUGCGGCAGCAGCGCGGCGCUCUCUCUGAGGGUGCGCUGGUUUUGACGGUGCGCGACCGCCAGGAGCCGCUGGGCAGCGGCGGGGCGACGCUGAACGCUCUGCUGGUCGCCGCUGAACACCUGAGCAACAGAGGCGGACACACGGUGGUGAGCGCUGACGUCCUGGAUGAAGCUCACAUCCUCAUCCUCCACACAGGUCGGGAUUUUCCCUGGAGCUCGUGCAGCAGAGCGUUCUGCUGGCUGCCGCAGGAGAAACCGGAGCACAAGGUCCAGGCGCCGGUCUGCUGUGUGGACCUGCUGCUGGACUGCCUCACUGCUCAGAUCUGUCCUGGUUCUCCACCCGGUGUUUGGGUCUGCAGCACCGACAUGAUCCUCACCGUCCCUCCUGACUUUGCUCUCUCCUGGGAUGAUUUCUCUGGUGUUCGAGUUUUGGCGUUGCCAGGCGACACUUCCUAUGCAGCCAAUCACGGAGUUUACCUGUGUGACCAGCAGGGUCAGGUUAGAGACAUCAUCUACAGGGGAACGAAGGAGCAGAUCCAGCAAGCUGUGAUGCCUGAUGGCAAAGUUCCUCUGGUGUCAGGUCCAGUCUUCUUUAGCAGGUCAGUAUCAGAGAAGUUGCUCCAGACUCAUGUCACUCCUCCCCUGGAUGGUUGCACCUACCUGGGCCUGGACUCUGGAGCUCCACCCCUCCAGAUCUCUCUGUUCCUGGACGUGUUGAAGUGUCUCUGCUCAGAUCUGACUCAGGAUCAGUUUGUGAGCGAGGAGAGAGCCGGCUGCAGUUCUGCUGUCGGACCACAGGGGGCGAUCGUGCGGGGUGCCAGGACAGAGUUGUGGCGGAUCCUCAGAGGGACUCCGCUCACGCUGGUUCACGUCCCCGGCGGUCGCUAUGACCACCUGCCCUCGUCUGGAAAGCAGCAUAUGGAGCGACUGACGCACGACUGGACAGAUAAAAACACACUGUCUCACAUCCAGAGAGAGGGCGGGGUGAGUGACGAAGCGCGGGUCAUCAACAGUGUCAUGGAGGGAGAUGUUGCUGUGGCAACCGGAGCAGUGGUGCAACACUGCCACCUGCAGGGUCCUGUGGACGUCCCCUCAGGUUGUUUUCUGUCAGGUCUGGACUUGACGUCAUCACCGUGCGUCAGGCAGCUGAAACUGUCCGAUGACAUCAUCAUGCAGGGACAUCGCAUCAAGCUGGGGGAGUUUCAGCUCCACGUGUUCACCGUCAUGGGAGCAAUGGACGACCUGCGGGUGUCGUCUGACGACAGCAGCUCCUCCUUCCUCAACCAGAGGUGGAGUCAUUUAUACAAGAGGACGGGAAUACAGCCGGAGGAGCUGUGGUUCAGAGGAGAACAGCGCUCCCUGCUGGAGGCUCGUCUCUUCCCGGCGCUCCACCCCAGAGGAGGCGCUGUGGGCCUGGAGGGAGGAGUCUGCUGGCUGCUGGGAGGCGGCGGAGGCUGCCUGCGCAGGUGGAGGGAGGCGUGGAGGCUGUCGCUGAAGGAGGUGCUGUCACUCACCUGUCAGGAGGCGGAGCUGCGGUGGAGGGAGGAGUUACUGUUCCUGGCGGGGAGGCGGCGAGUGCGUGACACCCUGACGAGCGGAACGGACGCCUGCCUGCUGCCGUACUUCAGGGCGGCAGUGCUGGGAGGCCAGCAGGGGGCGCUGCUGCAAACACUGGACCACAUUGCAGCAGGGAGCAAAGACCAGGGGGCGGAGCCAGGCGUGGCCGCCCGCUGUCUGUCCUGUAUCGCAGACGUGUUGGUGUGUAUGGCGGGGGGGCGGGGAGGUCUGAGGAGCGGACCCGCCGCUAACGAGGCCUGGAGCUCCGCCUACUCCCUGUUGGAGGAGGGGAACCUGAGGGGCGGAGUCGAGGCCCUGGCUGCACAGAGAGCUGAUUGGCUCAGCCGGCCGGACCUGCUGGUUCGUGCGGCGCGGCACUACGAGGGCGCCGGACAGGUGCUGCUGCGACAGGCUGUGAUGUCAUCGCAGACGUUCAUCUCUGUUGGUCGCGGCGAAGUCCCGCCCCUCGAGGAGUGGCAGGAAGUGGAGUGUCCGGCCAGACUGGACCUGGCAGGCGGGUGGAGCGACACGCCGCCCAUCGCCUUCGAGGGCGGCGGCUCCGUGACCAACGUCGCGGUGAAGGUCGACGGGAAGCGACCCAUCGGCGCCAGAGCCCGCCGCAUCUCGGAGCCCCGCCUCCUACUGGUCAGCCACAGCGGGGGGCGGGAGAGUGGGGUUUCCACGGAAACGGUGUGUGACAGCCUGGAUGACCUGAAGGACUACUGUCAGCCGCACGCACCGGGAGCCCUCCUGAAGGCAGUGUGUGUGUGCAGUGGUCUGGUGUCCCUCACCUCCCAGCAUCCUCUGGGACAUCAGCUGAUGCAGAGGUGGGGGGGAGGGGUGGAGCUCCACAGCUGGUCGUCACUGCCCACUGGAUCUGGACUGGGUACCAGCAGUAUCCUGGCGGGGGCGCUGUUGGCCGCAGUCUACAGAUGCACUGGUCAGACGUAUGACACAGACUCCCUAAUCCACGCCAUCCUGUACCUGGAACAGAUCCUCACCACAGGUGGCGGCUGGCAGGAUCAGGUGGGAGGUCUGGUGGGAGGAGUAAAGGUGGGUCGUUCCAGGACGUCUCUGCCCCUCAGAGUAGAAGUUGAGCGUCUCUGUCCUCCACAGGACUUCUUGGAGUCUCUGGAGCAGCACCUCCUGCUGGUCUACACCGGUAAAACACGCCUGGCUCGAAACCUGCUGCAGGAUGUUGUCCGUAGCUGGUACAGUCGUUUACCUUCCAUGGUGCAGAAUGCCCGCGAGCUCGUGGCUAACUCAGAGGAAUGUGCCACAUCCUGCUCAGAGGGCUCUCUCUGCAGACUGGGUCAGUGUCUGGACCGCUCUUGGCAGCAGAAGAAGCUGAUGGUUCCUGGCUGUGAACCAGCGUCUGUGAGGACCAUGAUGGAGACUCUGAAGCCGCUGGUGCUGGGUCAGAGUCUGGCCGGAGCUGGAGGAGGAGGGUUCCUGUACCUGCUGACCCGGGAGCCCCGGCAGCGAGAGGCGGUGCUGCAGCUCCUGAACAACACGCCGGGACUGGGAGACUUCAGCGUCCACACUGUGGAGCUGGACAUGGACGGGAUUACAGUCCUACCACCGUCCUGAGGACACACACACACACACACACUAACUGUCUGUGACGUGUUAUAGGAACCCGUCUAUCACAGUUCAGUUAGACAGUUUAGUGAUCGGGAGCUUUUUUUUUACGAGGAGAAAAUGCAUUAUUUCAAUUUCUGGAGACGUCGCACGUUUUGUUUAGACUAAAAAGUUUAGUUUAGGUUUCAUUUCAUUUAAAGUGUUUUUUUCUUAUAUACAUUUAUACUUAUAUACAUGUCAACAUAGGAGACAGAGAAUCAGGGCUUUUAUUGUGAAACAUCGAUGAUGUCACAGGAAGGAAAUUGAAAUUCAAACUUUUUUUGAAUGAUCGGCUGAUUUUUGUUUUUCCUUAACAGUAAUAAUGAUGAAUAGUAAAUGUUAAUUUCACAAUUAUUCAAAUGUAGUGGUUGAUAUCGAAGCUUAUUUGCAUAUUUUAUAAGGAGGAAAUGUAUUAUUUAAAUUCUCAGAGACAUUGCACAUGCGUUUAAACGUGAAUAAGUUUAGCUUUUAUUUCAUUCAAAUGUUCGUUUUUUUAACUUUUCAGUCACAGUCUGUGAGGAUCAUCAUAGGAGAAAGAAUCAGCUCGUUAAUUCAAAUCUAUUUGAUUAUUUCCCAGGAAUCAACUUUAAGAUAUACGCGACGUCAUAAAAAAAAAUGUUGUUGUUUUAAAUCAGUGUUAAAAGUAAAAGAUUACGACUUUAUUCUCGUGAGAUUACGACUUUAUUCUCGUGAGAUUACGACGUUAUUCUCGUGAGAUUACGACAGUCACAGUUGAAUGUAUGGUAUGUGAGGAGAUUCAAACUUCAUGCUUUAAAGGAAUUUAUUUUUUUAAAUCUAUUUGAAAUCAUUUUAAAUUUAACGGGGACUGUCCCUUUAAAGCUGCGCUCGGCGGUGACAGUGACGUCACUGAGCUCAUGCUCAUGUCGUCAAUGUUAAACUGUUUAUUUGUAAUCGUCUAAGUAUUGAUCUGUGAUCACUUGAUCAACUAUAAUAAUAAAACAAAAUCAGCUCAAAACCUCAGUUUUGUCUCAUUAAAAAAACAAUAAGUAAA